AUGGAAGAGAGCUCGGGUUCGCCGGUCUCCCCAGCGGAUAGCUCAGUUACCAGCGAGGAGGAGGUGGAUAAACAGCAGAGAAUAUUCGGAAGGAAGAGGAAUCGUAAGAACCUAAACGGGGACUGUGGAAUCUGUUCAGUUAAGCGGGGCAAAAAAUCCAGUCCCAGCAGCACGCAGUCAUACGAGGAGCUCCAGAAUCAACGGGUUUUAGCGAAUGUAAGGGAGAGACAGAGGACCCAGUCUCUCAACGAAGCCUUUGCUUCUUUACGGAAAAUCAUCCCCACGCUACCGUCCGACAAACUGAGCAAGAUUCAGACACUGAAGCUGGCGUCCAGAUACAUAGAUUUUCUCUGUCAGGUACUACAAAGCGACGAGAUGGAUAACAAGAUGUCAAGCUGCAGUUACGUCGCUCACGAAAGACUCAGUUACGCUUUCUCAGUGUGGCGGAUGGAGGGCGCAUGGUCCAUGUCCGCGUCCCAGUAG